AUAGGACUCAUAUUUCAGAGAAACGGAAAGACUUGCGGAGGAAUUCCCUUUUCUGGAUGUAAAAGUGUUUGGCAAUUCGCUACUAGCACUGAGGUUAUGCCUUCAGUGCGUAGUAAAUGCGAUCGUGGGUUUCAUUCUCCUUACGAGCUGGAACAGCAUGCGAAGCGGUAUCAUCCAACGGAAAAGCAUUACUCUGGAGCGCCAAAGUGUCCAUUUGGAUGCAGCAAACGAUUGCAACGUUUGAAGAGUGGUGUUACUGAUAAUGUUCUACGACUUCUUCAUGUCAUGAUAUGCCACUUGCCAGAUGAGGACGCAGUAACAUGGGUCAAGAAUUGGAUGAAAAAGCACGAAUCUGUCAUGGAGACUGAACCCGUGUUCAAAUUUGACGUGCAAGAAUCGCUAAAUGCUUCUGUAGAAUCUGGCCAGUGUCAAAUAAUGUGCACGUUUUGCAGCUCCUUGGUCGAAGGGCAUAAGUACUUUGCACAUCGGAGACGUGGGAGCGUCUGCUACGAUCAUAAUGACACAAUGUCCACAAAAGCAGAGUCUUCGAUUGAGAAAAGUAAAGAACGGCCAGGUCGAAAACGACGUUUUGGAAUGUUAGAACCAGGCAGAAUACCGGGCUCAUCCAAAAUUCGAAAGAAUCCAUGUACAGUUUGCAAGCUGUGCUCAAAGAACAUCAUUAUCACCGAGAAGUACUCGGAAAGAGUUUCGACAUUCCUGCAUGUUUUGAACAUUCAUAUUAAUGACCAGGAGGCUCAAACUGCUCUCGUUGCGGGGUAUUCUUCUACAUGCGCUGAAGAAUUCCCCUUUAUUGAUGUCAAAGCAUCCGUCGAAGGUACUGCCAGUACCGGGAAACCUGUGCUCCAGUGCGUCAUUUGCGGCUUCAAAACUGACACAUCGAGGCGGAUUGCAAUGCACGCCCGUCAUCACGAAGACUUGAUGAGAGAUCUUGGAAAUUAUCCGGAACCUUGCGCAUGUGGUGAGAAAAUUCGCAUCUGUAGUGAAGUGAAGGAGUCCUAUCAACGAUUGUGUCACAUUCUUGAGAAGCACGUUGCCGAUGAGGAUCGCCUUCGAGAAGCAGUUUCCUCAUAUGAGUCGGAUCACUCUCCCGAUACGAUGAUUCUGGAUAGACUGCGAAGUGUUGAAUUGACUCGUUACAAGUGUCUCACUUAUGCUUGCUCUGGAUGCGAUUUCACAUCUUCGAACAGCAACGCUCUCAUACAUCAUUCCAAAAUACACGCGACAGGCUCCAAUGAGAACAGUGCGGUUAAGCAAGAAUUGCCUCGUAAAACUGAGUCACCAAAUCGUGUGCACGAUAUGCAAUCGAUUAUUGCUCCGAUCUUCACGCUAUUCAAUUCGGGUGACCAUUUUGGCGCAUUUUGUGAAGUUUCACCGUAA